AGUUGCAAGUUUCACCAAAAUGGCGGCUUCAGAUGAAGGUACGAAAAAUAUAAAUUAGGAUCGCAAUUUUACGGUUAAAUGAACAUUUUAAAGCCCUAAAAACUGCACCUUUAAAGAUACUAAAUGAAUAAAUCAUUCCAUCCGCAGUGCCAGUCUUUGUGAAGCCAAAGCGGGAGAUUCUGAGCCCACGAGAUCUGAGCAAGUGGGAAAAGUCUCAGGUAGAGAAUUUCUGUUAUUAAAUUUUGUUUUAUUUCUAUAAGCUUAUUUGACGUUUCUUACAUUUUGGCAGUCAUAGGAUUUAUAAAGGUAUUUCGUUUUGAAAACUAGAUAGAUACAUAAAAUUCAUGAAUGGAAGCAGCAGUCUAUCAGCGUACCAGCUAUUUUGAUAGGAGCUAAUACAUGCAUGUGCUGCGGCAUGUUUUUAACUUUGGGGGCAAAGUAGAAUUUUACAGAAUCCCGAAAUCGAAGAUUUCAAAUUUUAAAUUUCAAAUCCCUGUCACUUGAAAUCUAGCCUGUGUACAGACGUCCCCCCUCCCUCAGGAAAAAUCGGGAGAGGAGACGUCUGUGAAUCGCCGUCGUUAAUCGUGUUCCGGUAUACAUUUGCAUAAAUUAUUUUUUUGUCCUUUCGCUGACAGUUGAAAAGGCACAGGUAGGUCUAAAAAUAGCUCUGGCGUCUGUGCACAGGCUAGCCGAACAUCUUCACGCAAUGUCCACCCAAAAAUACAGAUACAAGAUCUCUGAUUACAGGCAAGCCAGGUCAAGCGUUUCUCCCAAGAUCGCAUUAAUGUGUUUAUUAUUCGAAAGUUGAACCGUUGGUAGUUGUAGAUUUCAGAUUUGUGUCUGUGUGCAUUCUUACAUGCGUAAUGAGCCGUGAAUUCACACGUGAUUCAGUUACGAAAUUUCUACCAGCUCAGUUUCCUCCUGUUUCGCUGGAUUUGAUGUAAAUGUCUUCUAAGACAUUUAAUCCAUUCAAAGAUUUUCAAUCUGACCAAAUGCAGAGAAGUUCUCUUAAAAUAUUCACUGCUCAUUACGCAUACAGAAACGCUGACUUAAAUUUGACACCAGUUAUGGGAGCGACUAACAGAUUCAUUUUUUCAAAUAAUCAAUUCAUUAAUGGAAUCUUUUUGGGGUAAACUUGACCUGCCUUGGCCGUUAACGUUGGAUUUUGUAUGCCUUCUCUUUUAUUUUCAAUACCGACCGGUACAGACAGACGCACCUGCAACCGGUGCAGCAAACAUCGUUAACUUCUCAUGCCUUUUCGAGAGAGCCGAAAUACAAAUACCGCUAAACAAAUGUCCACAAAGGUUGGGAAAUCUAUUCCGAGGUUCAUUCAGCAAUCACAACACGAGAAAUUAUUUGCGUCGUGGCAUUAACGUUACAACCAAUCAGAGGCUGUCCCCAACAUUCCGGGAAAUGGUAACACGAUUAUUGUCGGCGAUUCACAGACGUCUCCUCUCCCUAUUUUUUCUGAGGAAGGGACGACGUCUGUACACAGGCUACUUGAAAUCUGGAGUAACCCCCUGGGACGUGCCAAGUCUGCAUUUGUCGCUUACCAAUAAACCCCCGAUACGCGUUCUCUUUUUUGGGCUGCCCUUGAGGGCAAUACCCAAUCAUAAAAUGUGUCACAACUACGUAAAAAAAAAAAGACCAAAUGGCAGACAGAUCUCUCAGAAGGGUUUGCGUGUCUCUUAUCCCCGUUCAAUGGAGCUGAUUUUUGCAUGGAGGGGAGAGGUCAUUUCAGGUCAUUUAGCAAACAGAUUUGAAAGUUGAUUUUGAACUAACACAAAAUUAUUGCAUGGAGUUAUUGGCCCUAUAUUUGCGCCAGAUGAUUACCUAAAAUACCAUACUCGAUGAUGUAGUUAGCCUACGUGGGAGCUACAGAAACAAUGCCCUCCCACAUGGUCCCCACAAGAAAAGCUUGAACUUGCUGCAAUUGUCUCCCUGCAGGGGGUGUGUUGUGGAAAUGUUCCAGUUAAAAAGAGUGCCAAUCGUUUCUCGUUUCAAAAGGCUAACUUGACUAUUUUUAUUCAUAGUGUUAGAAGUUACAGACCCAUUCCACGAGUUAGGAAUACACACUCAAGCCAGAAAAAAACAUGAAAUUCUUUAUUGUAAUCUGUACUUCCCAAAAUAUCAAACUGCUGCAUCAUGAGGUCAGCAGCCCAAUGAAUCCCGAUUAAGGGGGGUCUUGUUGGGCCGAGAAAUGGGUUAUGGGAUUUAAUGGUUAAACUAGGGACACUGGACCAUGGAACUUUUAAGUUUUAUUCCACCUCUUUCUUUGCAGUCAUGCAAAUUGAUCUGUGGAAACCACCAUUUCUUGCAGGCAUACAGUGAUUACCUUGGAUUUGUCCUAACUUUAAAUGAUGCUGUCAAAGGCAAAUCAAUGGGAGGGGAUUAUAAAGUAUCUGAGGUAAUUAUGACUGUUACUCAAACCCUACCUAUCAUGCUAAAGUUAAUUUAUAAUAAUUUAUAGUAUCGAUGACAGAUCACAAUCAUUGAUUUAAAAAAGUCAGUUGAUCAAUAUAAGAAUACCAAGAAUUCAAGAUUAUAUCAUUUUAAUUUUUUGUUUCACAAAUAUUGACUGCCAUUACUCAUGGGAAAUUUUCUUCAACCAAUCUCAUAAGCACAACCCAGAUCUGGGCAGUGAAACGUCAUCAGUAUGAAAUUUCUUUUUUGCUUGUUCCCCAGACAUUAUUUUGUGGGGAAACCAGUGGCUUUGCUAAAUGUUGGCUGUUUUGUUAGGCUACAGGUUUGUUUUCUUAACAACUUUUAACUGCAUACAGGCUUCAACAAAGUUGGUAACCUUACUAGAUACCAUGGAGUCUUGGAUUGAUGAAAUACCACCCACUGAUCAACCACAGAGGUUUGGGAACAAGGCUUACCGGACAUGGUUUGAAAAACUAGAACAGGUUAGAGACUAAGUGAACAUGUUCACCCCUCAAUUACCGCUUGUUACUUGUAGAACCAAAAGAAACCCCUACCUGUUUGAUUCCCCGCCUACUUUUUGUAUUUACCCUGCAACCCUGAAUGUAAAAAUGGCUAGUGUAUCUCAAAACUGGGUUGUGAUGAAUUUUGAUAGCAUAAUUUCAGACAUAACAGUAGAUGGAAGAGCUAAUGUAUUAUAAUGUAUUAUGUAAUGUAUGUGUAAUGUAUGUGUAAUGUAUUAUUUUGCUAAUGCAAUAGCUUCAUUUUGUGAGAAAUGUUGGUAGUCCUGAACAAUACCCUUUGUGAACAAGACACUUUUUGGACUCAAAAUAAAUUAUUGGUGCCUUACAACAAACCUCUGCUCAGCUGACAGCUUUACUAGGCAAAAGCAGAAACUAAUAACAAGCAUAUUCUCCAGCAAGUUUUAAGGGGGGAAAUUUAAGUAAGUGUCAAGAAUAUAAUUAUGUGUGCAGCAGGGGUACACUGUAGUUAUGGAUGGGGGUAGCUUCCUUCUUUUAGGGGAGUAUGGGGGAUCCAUCAAGGGCCCUGAAAAGUAUAAGUGUUGAGAAACAGAGACAAAUAGGAUGGAAACAUUAUUUUCUGCAUAGAGCUGGUGCUUGCAUGAUGACUAGACAGCAAUUUUCACCUACGCCUAUGAAGAAACCCUGAAAAUGAAAACCUGUGAUGCUUGAUUAUUCCUGUUUUACUCCUAGAUAUUGUCUCAAAUUUAUUUUUAUUCCAAUCCCUUUUUAACUGUGGAGGAACUACCAGCUCCUAAGCCUUUUUUGUUGUUAUUUAGAAUGCUGACUCCUUGAUUAAGAAUCUUCUGCCAGAAAAGUUUAUGGGUGCCAGCACAGAACUUGCAGCAUAUCUUUUAGGUUUGGAGCUAUUACCUCGUUGUUUCGUUGUUAUUACAGGGCUUAUUUUUUGACAUUAAAUACCCACAAAAAGGGUUCCUUCUCUCCUCCUUUGGAAACAUUUGAGACCGCUGACAGAUGCCAUUUUGUUGUGACUGCAUGUAUCUUAGACUCUGAGACAUUAUAACACUUAGGGCUUGUUUACGUGGAGGUGGGAUCCCCAGAAAGGUGAGGUAACCCGCUUAGGUGGAGUUAAAAAUUAACCCUCCUUUACAUGCAAUCUUACAACCUCGCCAUACCGGGGUGAACUUUCUCAAGAUUAUUGAAUGGUCGCUAAGCACGUAAACAAGAAAACUGUUGGCAAACCAGGUGUUUUAGUGAUUAAUGCUCUUCUACACUCACUUGCUGCUCUUGCUGCAACCUUUAGUACUGUGGCUUUCUGUUGUUACCUUUAAUAGUGAUGCAAAGCCACCGCUAAAGUGAAUUUUGCGUGUAUUUGAUGUAUCAUGAAUCCGACCCCAGCUAGGCGGGUUACCCCACCUUGAAACGUUUACAUGGCAAAAUUUGACCCGGUCUGGAAGGGUUACCUGGUCUGGCAGACCAGGCCAGCCGCCUUGCCAGGUCACCCCUAUCACCUAUCAUGUAAACGUGAUCAAAUUAAAAUGACCUACCUGGGGUCUCCCACCUCCAUGUAAACAGGCCCUAAUAAUCCUGCUGAUCUUUGUGGUAUAGUCCUGUUUUUUAAUGCCAAGGAAGGUAAAAAAUAGUUUUAUUGUGAAUUUUAAGUGGUGCAAGAUCAGUCUCUUCCAGUUACUUGAAAUUUAGCACCUACAAAAAGUGAAUCACAGCGUGAACACCUGACUUAAAAAGUUUUGUCCUGUAAAAUUGUUGCUUAAAAUACCUGUAGUUGGCAAAUUUGCAAUAUUAAUUACUGUAACUCCACGAACAAGUUGAGAAUUCAAAAUACUUCAGGACCAUAAAUGUGACCUUAUUUUUCCAUGUACAGGGUAUGUGGUAAUUAAGUUGUGAGCUAAUAUUGUUUUUGUGUGACUCAACUUUUAGAUGGAUUUGGCAAUAAGACAAGAAUAGACUAUGGAACAGGUAUUUUUGGCAGUUACGCAUUGAAAUUAUAAUUAACUCAUUAUUAUUUUUAGUAUUAGUUGUAGUAUUUUUAUUAGUGUUAUCUGAAGUCAUUAUAUAAUCACAGUAAUUGCUAAUCACAUGGACUUAAACUUUCCAUGGGGGAGUCUUGUCACUAUGCCAUGUUUUGUAUUAUUAACAGCUGUGAAUGCUUCAAACAGUUAUAUAAUAAAGCGAUACUGUUCCUAAGGAAACAUGACGUAGUGACAAGACUCCGCCUGGUAAAUUUCUCCCAUUCGGCAUAAACUUCCUACGAUAGCUUGCUGCUCUUGGGAGAAAAGAGAAAAAAGGUGCAAAGUAAACCAGCUUUGCUUCAAAGCACUGGUUUAAGUAACUUCGGUACCACUAGCAAAUCAAAGCAUUUUUUGGCCAUUGAGGUGUUUAAUUUGAUCGUCGUGUCAAAAUCUCUGCCCUUUGAGGUGAAUAAUUCAGCUGAUAAUUAGAUCAUGAGUAACAUUUGUCCAUUGAGGUGAAAGAAAAGCUUGGAAUAAUGGAUUCAAAAUGUGUUUUUCUCUUUGAGGAAGCUAACCCCUGGCUAUUAAACCAUUCAAGUGUAAAAUAACUUGACUGUCGCGCUGGCACCGGCUCCUGUCAGGCCCAAUAAUUUAUUAACCUUUACGUCAACCAAAGGAAACUUCUCAAGCACUGCCCAUUAAACUGUUGUUCGCCCAUUGACGUUGAAUAUUCCUGAAAAUGUAUAGUAUUUCUGAAAGGCGCUUCGUGAGUUUUGACGAAUAAAUGCUUGAUUGUGACUUUCAGGCAGCAUAGGAAUGCAUCAAUAUCUUCACACCUCCAUUUGCGAAUUAACAAAAAAUGUUCAGAUAGUAGAGCAGCCAAAUACAUAAAAUAUCUUGUCUUCCUCGGGAUUCAUCACUUAACCAUUCAUGACCUUGAUGAAUUUACUUCCAGAGGCAAAUAAAGAAAUCUAGAAAUUAAUAUAAACAAGUAAUUACUAAAAACUAUAAAGGCCUUGCACUCUGGAAAUUUACUCAAAGGGCUUCCCCCUUUUAUGCAUCCCAAAUGCACAAAAAUAACGUUUUUUCCUUUAAGAAUGCUUACCCACCCUAAUUUCCUCGAGCCAUUUUCAUUUUCUUCACUUCAUUUAUUUCGAACUGUACUGUGAUUCCCCGUAGUUUCUUCCAGCUCUUAAGCCAGCACUUAUACUUUCAAAUUGAAAGUCUUAGUGUUACUAGCUGUUUUUUUGUAGGCCAUGAAGCUUGUUUUGCUGCAUUUGUGUGCUGUCUGUUCAAACUCCGAGUGUUAGACCAAGGUGACUGUGUUGCAAUAGUCUUCAAAGUUUUUCACAAGUAAGUCGUAAAUUUUAUUUGUUUUUAGAUGAUGAUAAUAAUAAUAAUAAUAAUAAUAAUAAUAAUAAUAAUAAUAGUAAUAAUGAUAAUAAGUAAUGAUAACUAAUUACUAAAGAAAUGCAAUUAUUUUUGAAAGAAAUGUAUUUUUGAAAAUAGAUCACAAAUGAAUUUUUGGCUGUGUCAUCAAUUUAUUCUGGAAACAUCCAGCAAUUACUUUUCACCAUAAAUAUACUUUUUCUUGCCUACCCACAGUGAUGAAUACUAAGUUCAAUGUCGGGUAACCCUUUUAAAAUUGCCAACUGGGCAACCAUGCUAAGAAGCAAGGCUGACUCAGUGGCAGAUUCAUAAUGUCGCACAAUGUAUUGGAUAAUUCUCAAAUUCUACGCAACCCUCUUUUUUGCCCAUACAUUUGGGCGUAAGUAAUACCAAGGUGACUGUGGGUAGUGAUGUCACAGUGUAGUAGGGAUGUCACUAAGAUUUCAAGUUGCCGGGUAAAUACAACAAGUAGGCAGGGAGUCAAACAGCUAGGGAUUUCUUUUGGUUGUAUUAUUUUUUCUUCUACUUUCAUAUGAAAGUAACUGGAGGUCACAUUCAUAGUAGCCGGGGGAAAUCCCUGGCCCCCACCUCUUAAUGACAGCCCUGGUCUUGUAUUUACUCCUGGUGGUUCGAGGCUGGGUAAUCCAAUGUGCAACUGUUGUUUGUGGACCAUGGAUUAUGUUUGUGGAGUUGUUCCUGAGGACCUAACAGUAGAGCAAACUUGUGAUUUCAUGUGAAAGGGCUAUUGGUAAUUUGCUUUUUAAAUUGAGUUUAAAGCAGUAGUUCAGGGGCACCCAAUGAGAAUACAGUUCAAAACCACAUAAACAUAGUAUUGUUAAACGUAUUUUAGUAUUUAAACAGUAGAUAUAGGCAUAUUUUUAUCCCCUAAAAGUUUUUCAUCUGUUCAGAUUUCUGAGCUGAAAGUCUAGUGAUCCGAAAAUUAUAGGGAUAAAAAGGCUCCCGAAAAUUCUAUGUGACCUUUUCACUGUAAAAAUCCGUUAAAAAUGGGCAAUUAUACCAUUUUUUAGAUCUUCGAAAAUCCUAGGGGAGGCAGGCAAGCAAGAAAUUCUACAACAAAAAUUCUAGAUCUCAGAUCAUCUUCCAAACAGAUAUUUUCCAAAAAUUGACAUUGGGUGCCCCUGGUAGUUGGUCUAUAUGAAUUGGGUUUAUGCUCAAAUUUUUGUCAGAAACAGAGUGUUUUGUGCAGCUCGUUUUACAUAUACAUUGAGCCAGCCCUCAACUUCCGUUAGGAAUGUAAUGAAUUUGUGGACUUUUAAUUGUUUUAGAGACUACAUUUACCCCUGGAGGGACUCUUUGCCCUGUGACGCUCACUCAUUAGAUCCCAAUAUCUUAUUCAAAUUUAUAUUUUUAUACCUCUCAUACAUACUUCACGCCAUUCUUAUGCUUUUUUAGUAAAGGGCUUAUUUAUUAUUAUUAGUUCCUGAGGCCUAGUGGGGCAUAGUUUGCCAUGAGUUCCUCCGCCCAAUCAGCACUGCUCUUUUAUUUUCAUUUUUUUUUUCUUUUUGUCAUAAUUUCACUUUUUUAAGCCUAGAACUAUGAUUAGUACGACUAUCUAAUAUAUUUAUUUUAAGAUUUACUGUAGCUCUGCCAUUGAUUUUCCCAUGUGCAAUUAUGAUAAUAUUUUGUUCUAAUUAUCUAACUGAGGGAGCCCAUUCCUUAUAAGCCUGGUGGCUUCUCUUGGGCUUCCUCACCGUGAGAGUUUAAAUAAUUUUUGCUUUGUACAACUUAUGGCAAACAAAACAAUAAACAAUAAACACUCUGGAGUUCCAUGUGUUCAAAUCCCACUAGGAACUCAAGAAUUUAUCUUUUAGUUUUGUCACAUGCAUGUGAUAUUGCAGAUUAAUAUAACAUCACCCUUUCUGAUGCAUCUCCAUGUACGAAGUACUGUAGUAAUAAGUAAGUACUUCUAUUCUAAUCUAUCGUCCAUUAAAAUUUUUGCCUGAUCAAAUUCUCUCAAGAUAUUUGGAGCUUAUGAGGAAAUUACAAAUGCAAUACAGAAUGGAACCUGCUGGCAGUCAAGGAGUAUGGGGACUCGAUGAUUUCCAAUUUCUGCCCUUCAUCUGGGGUAGCUCCCAACUGAUAGGUAUGUGGUGUUCUAAUCACAGGUUAUAGUCAGUUAGCAAAGUUAUCAGUGAUUGGAGGAGCAAUGGUGGCACAGUUGGUUGCAUGGCUCUGGGUGCCCAAGGUCCUGGGUUUGAUCCCUGGUGACAUCCUUGUUUCAACUUCUCUUUCACUUGGUUAGCUCAGUUGGAUGAGCUUAUGCUGCUGAGCAGGAGGCCAUGCAUGGGUUCAAACUCCAGUCGGACCAACACUCAGGGUCUUUAAAUAACUGAGGAGAAAGUGCUCCUUUCUGUAUGCAUUGGGUAGCUGCAGAUGUCGAUUUUGUCACAUGUUUUCAGUCAAAUAAGGCAAAAUUGUCGCAUAACAUUACAACAAUUGUAUUGCAUGGUAAUACAACUAGCAAGCUCUGUGCAACCAUAUCAGCAACUGAAACAAGAAAAUAAAAAAGCAUCAGGUUAAAUAAGUAAACCAAAAAGUCUCAACAUACAGUACACUUUUUGCCACAUUUCUUUGCUUUCAUUGAAUGACAAACAUUAUCAAACUUGCAUGAUUGGAAUCACAAUUCGAUUGUCAAUUUAAUCUGUAAGAUCAUUGCUGCAUCAAUAGCGAUCAUCACGAUUUCAAUUUCGUUGGAAAAACCAGAUGUACAAAGGCUCGGUGAUUAGACUUUCUAGUCCCCUCGGGUAAGGACGAUAAACAGUAGGCCCUGUCUCACAACCCUGGCACAUGUAUAGAAUCUGUGGAACAUUAAAGAACCCACACACUGGUCGUAUAGAGAAAGGGACGUUGUUCCCUGUGUGGUGGUGUAUCUCUCAUUGGGGGAAAGACUGUUACAAGCCCAUAGUAACAGGCACCAUGCUCUGUUGUGGAGACCUGCCAAGAAUUGGUGAAACUGAGUAAAUAACUAAGUAAAUAAAUUUUUCAACCUUUAAAAGUUGUUAUUUCCCUGUUCAUAAUUUGUUCCAGGUCAUCCUGAUCUCAUGCCAUCUCACUUUCCCGAAAUAAGAGCUGCUGAACAAAAUCACCUUGAUUAUAUGUUCUUUGACUGUAUCAAGUUUAUACACAAGGUAAUUAUAAUAGGCAAAGAGCUGAGUUGCCUAUAUAAAACAAAACAAAAACAGUAAAUCCAGGUUUACAAAGUACAGAAAGCUUCAUGGCAUUUUGCUUCGUUAUUAUAUUUAAAACCCAGCUCCCAUAAUUUUUUUUGUAAAGAAAAUAUUAUUUGAAGUGUACUGCUUAUCCAGUUACUAAGCUGUCAGCAUCUGAACCUUGUGUUGAUUAAUGGUUCAAGCAGCUUUUUUAGGGAAAAAUUAAUUUAGCUGAAUACUUAAUUACAGAGAAUGUAAUCUAAAGAAACAAAGUUUAUUACGAAAAACUCCAAUGCUAGUUAUAAAGAGUGCCUCAUUCAGUUAAAUCUUCUACCACUUAAUUGCUGGUUGGAUUUGUUCUUUUACUUUAAUGUAAAGUAGGUUGACUUUCAUUGAAUUUGAAAAAUUAUGUUCCUGUUCCCCUGGUACUAUUACCAGCUGGGGGUUCAUCUACUGGCUUAUAUAAUUUACAGCCAUAACUACAUUCCAAAAAUUUUGUACGGUUUGUAAAGGAAUGCCAGCUUAUACCUAAUAACAUUACAGUCGACUCCCGGUAACUCGAACCCUCUCUAACUCGAACCUCCCGCUAACUCGAAGCAAUUUUCAUUUCCCUUCGGAUCGUUUUCUAUAUAAUUUUACCCUCGAUAACUCGAACUCCCGAUAACUCGAACUGUUUUUUAUUUCCCUUGAAGGUUCGAAUUAUCGGGAGUCGACUGUAUUUCAGUCUAGUACUUCUCUAAGCACCUUCAAAGGUAAACUAAAGGCUAGUUUUAAUAUUAAGAGCAGUGUUUGACCAGGACAACACAAGAUCAUAUAUUAAGCUUGUUUGCCCAAAAUAUCGUAAGGCUACUUUUUGAUCCAAAAAGCAGUUGUGCACUUGUAAAGUUUGAUAUGUCUGAUAUGUAGAUCAUUUUCUUUUCAUACUUCUUUCUUGUACUCCACUUUUUUGGGUUAACUAGGGGUAAGAGUCUGGUUAGAUAGUUUUUUUCUCUUUCUUAUGUUUAUUGAUAGGUUAGUUUUGGGUGGUUAAAUUUUGUAGGGGACUUCACAUGUCCUAUUGUUUUUCCACCUUGUAUAUGAUAUGUAUACCUAAUCAGUAAAUAAAUAAAUAGCUAGUGCAAAAUGCCAUUUUUUUGUGGGGUGUCUAGAAAACGACGACCUAGAAAACGAAGACCUACGACCUAGAAAACGACGACCUAGAAAACAACGACCUAGAAAACAACGACCUAGAAAACAACGACCUAGAAAACGACGACCUAGAAAACGACGACCUAGAAAACGACGACCUAGUAAACAACGACCUAGAAAACGACGACCUAGAAAACGACGACCUAAAAAAAAACGCGGGGAGGGGAGGGGGGGGCUUAAUAGAAGUGUGCGAGAAAUGCCCCAUCCCCGGACAAAACCAAAAUAGCAUAUUCAUAGCAAAUCUCGAUGUAAUCUUAUGAAACGUGCCAAACACCCACGCAAAUCGCUCAUAGCCGCUAGUUACCCGGGGCUGGUUAUAAGUAAUGCUAAGGUCAAUAGGUCUAAUAUGCACGUGCAGCACACUUUUUUGCACGUCGUAGUAAGAGCAGAUGAUUCUCUCAGAACCAAAAUUUCUUGGAUGCAUUUUGGGCGCUUUCCAUUCACCCAAAACUUAAGAAACUUUGGAAACAGUGGCAAUUGGUACAGUAUUUUCCCGGAAAAGUUCCCAGACUUCCGGAAAAGUUUCCGAAAUGCGAACCUUUCAACCAGAAAUUUUAGACAUUCGGAAGCAAAUUUGAAUGAGGAAAGAAAACUUCCCGAUGAUAAUUUUCGAAAAUUUGGGUAUAUAUUGCGAAAAUACUGUUCCAUUUGGUACUGCAAGGAAGUUGCCGAAAAUUUAAACCAGACGUUUUGAUUGAAUGGAAUGGCGCCCAUGCAAAGGUAACCAAACUUGUUGCCAAUUGUGUGUCCUUUACGCGUGCGCGUGAGAGCUCCACUAAAAAAGUUUCUCUAGUCAAAUUUUCCUUUAGUAUGGUCAAUGAAGUCAUGAUUCAACCUGACUGACUGCUGGAAGCAAAAGCUUUGCUUUGACCUAUUUAUUAUCCUGAUAUCAAUUUAAACAAAUUUCCAUCAAAUCUUACUGACCUAAAUAAUAUACACUGCUUCACUAGCGCGUCGUUUAUAGCGGGAAGUUCAAGCCCACAUAAAUCAAACGGGAAAUAAAUCAGACGUGCCUUUUAUGUGCUCAACACCAUAAACAAAGAGUUUAUAUUUUGAAAAUAAAGAAAGAAGGGCUUCAACAUUUUCUCGUACCUUUCCUUACAUGAAACGGUAACGGUAACGAGAAUUCUGAAAUAUUAUGUGGGACACAAUGAAGGUUGACAUGUCAUCAGAUUUGAACUGUAUUUGAACUGUAAAAUUUGAAUCGUAUCAUCCUAGGAGUUUCUGUUUCCUCACAGGUCUGAUAGCGUGGUAUAUAUGCAGUGAGAUCUCCGGCAGAACUUUUGAAUUGUUCAGAAAUAAACUCUUACAUCAGGAGAAAUAGAGACAACGCCGCAGAGCAAAAUUAAAAAUUUCACUUCGGUUCAUUUUUAAUUCUUCCAUCACUUUCACGCAAUGCACAAUGCAAUGUCCAAGACAAAACAAUAGCUCCUGCGACGACACUAGGCACUCUAUAACUGCUGUUUAAAAAUGCGAGAGACGGUUUUAUAAACUGCGUUAUGAAAAUAACGCAAGAACAAUACUGAUGUAGGUAUCUCGCGGGGUACAUGUAACGAAGGUUUAUGUUAAUCAAUAAGUCAAUCGAGCAUCUCCGCCUAAACGUGAAAAUUUCCCAAAUUUGACUUUUAGAAAUACUUCGUUCCCCAAACCUCUUUUUAUAAACACACUCCGGGAUCGCUCAUGAAACUAACCCGAUCUAAAAGAAAUACAUUUAUAAUUCGCAAUCAGAACAAACACAAAUCGUCUUAAUCUCGUAGCUAAAUUCAGAAAACUUCAAUGUUAAUUAUAACUUACUUCUGUGGCGGUCGUUACCACAAUCGCACUUUACAGGUUAGCAAAUUCUUUUAACAGAUUCUUCAGGUAAGCGGAUUUAUAGACAGACUGUAAAUUAUUUUCUUUCUCACUUCGAUUCUACUGAAAAGCUGGUUUGAAACACAAUAAGCUAAUACAAUUCUUGUCAUCAAAUAAAUCUAUCCAAUAACAAACAGGCAACGCUUGUUUGAUAAACGAAACAGAGGGGAGACCUCGCGUACCUUGCAUUUCCAAUUCCACCGUUUUAUUCCUUGGUUUCAUACCCUUAGCCGGUACAAAUAAUAUUUACUAUUUUUCUGUAAUUUUCCUUCUUCGCCCACCUCUCACCCCUUCAUAAUUCCCUCCUAUCGUCCUCUUAUUUCCCGCCUUUUGUACCCCUCUAACCCCUUAAUCCUUCGAGCUACCCCUUCCUUGUCGUCGUUUUCUAGGUCGCCGUUUUCUAGGUUGUCGUUUUCUAGGUCAUUGUUUUCUAGGUCGUCGUUUUCUAGGUCGUCGUUUUCUAGGUCGUUGUUUUCUAGGUCGUCGCUUUCUAGGUCGUCGUUUUCUAGGUCGUCGUUUUCUAGGUCUUCGUUUUCUAGACACCCUUUUUUUGUGCAAUGAGAUCCUGUUUCCUAGUCAUCUGGCGGGUUUACUCUUUGCCACACUCGUCUUAAAAAAAGUGGGAGGGAUUGCAACAGUGAAUUGUUUUUCACUGUUUAUUCUAGCACGAAACAUCUAUGGUUUUGUGAAAAGGGGAACAUUCUUAAAUUGUUAAAAAAAAAAAGGGCAAGGGCGGGUAUCGAACCCGGUACCUUCAGCUUCAAAGGUUAAGUGCAGUUAAUGCCUUGCGCCAUGAGGACAAUAGGUAGAGAUACCCUUAUGGCCAGGUGGACAGACUUACACAGACAUUAAGAAGCACUAAAACUAAAGCAAAAGUUUUGUUAAAUUUGUUUUAUUAGAAUUGCUGUUUUGCUCACUGAAAAUGCCUCCUGCUGUAUCAAAUCCUGUAGAAGAUUGUUUCUAGAAUAAGAUAUAUAAUGAGUCAUUGUGUGAACUUGUUUUAACUGAUUCACUCUCUUUGAAAUCCCAGAAAAUAUCUUUCCAUGUCACAAUUUGUAACAAGUAAGCUCUUUUUUUCUUUUUUUAGAUGAAAAGUGGACCUUUUGCGGAACAUUCUAAUGUACUAUGGGGAAUAAGUUCUGUUGCUGCAUGGGAAAAAGUUAACUCUGGAUUAAUCAAAAUGUACAAAGUUGAGGUAACUGGUUAGAUUGUUUCUCUUUCUAUACUUCUCUCAAAGGAGAUUUCCGGACAGUUCAAGGACUCCUUUUACCUCCCCUCCUGCUCCAGCCAUUGGCACCUGCUGGAGAAACACUUUUCUUACCUGUCUAUUUUUAGGAGUGCCAAGAAACUUGUUAAAGAUCUGCCUAUUGAAGCCAACACUUUGUGACCCUCUCCUGUCCUGAGACAGAACACUUCCCAUACAAUGUUUAGUAUAGUCUUUUGUCGAACACUUGUUAAUCUCAAACAAAUCUCAUUUGAAUCUGGGGAUGAAGAGUUGCAAAAUAUCAUGUACAUCUGCUGUACAUGCAGUGAUUUUGUUAUCUCUGCGUCCUGCGUCCCUGAUGCAUAAAGAUCGCCAAAGAUGCAAAAUAAUAAUGGUAUGUGUCCUGUGAGACACAAAGAAUGAUCCAUUGAUUUGAAGAUUUUUUGGAGUAGAAUAUCCGGUGUGUGUGAUUUCUUUUUUCAGUAAAGUGUAAAAAAGGGUUUUUGCAUCUGUCUCCAUAUUAACUGUCUGGUUACAUAAAGGCCCAAGCAUUUCAAUUUAGGACUCCCAGGACUCACCAUAACUAUUUGUAACAAAAUCUCUGUACAUGUAGUUUUAUAUUAAAAGAAUAUACCUGCAGGGAGAAUACUCCAGAGUAAAAGUGACUGGGAUGUUGAGGGAUUUAUGGGGGCUUUGAAAUUUUCCGUUUGCUUUUUUUUUUCUUGGAUAGGAAAAUUUGAUAAGUGAUUUUUGGGGUACCUUGAUUUAAGAAGAGAUUUUUGGGGUGCUCAAAACAAUCUGAAGACUGAUGUCUUUCCAUGUAUGUAUGCCAGCCACAUAGUUCUGCUUAUUCUUGGUUUGUGCCUUUAAAAAACUGUCGCUUAACGUUGGGGAUGAGGAGCUGCGAAAUAACAGGAACAUGUAGUUAAGGGAUAAUAUACCCCAGGGGGGGUAGUCCAAGGUAAAAUAAACAGGGAGAAAACGCAGGAGUUUUUUAGGGUAUAAAAUUCUCUGCUCCGCUUUUUUGUUUGGAUAAGAAAAUUUGGCUAGUAUUUUGUAGGGUGUUCAAAACAAUCUAAAUAUUGGUGUACCAGGCACAUAUGCCAGUAGUAAUUCUGCUUGAUCAAGUACAACCAAACUUGUUUUGCAAUGUUUUAACAGUUAAUUUAAUAAUUAAAUAAACACAUUCUGAUUAUAGAGAAGCCUACUUAUUUAAGUCCAUUAAUUGGCCCAGCAUUCCUUCACAUGAGCGGCGAGCAUGGGUGGAGUUUCAUAGCUACUUAGAAGAAUUACACAGCACAAAAGGAAUUAACAUGAUCAAUAUGAAUGUGAAUUUUUGCUAAAAAUUUGGAUAUAAGACAGCAAAGAUAUUGUCAUUCACAGACAGUGAAUCCAGGGGUUUUAACCUGGACCUUGGAUUAUCAAUUUUCCAACAUUUUUAGCAGAGAAAAGGAAAUGUAUGCCUCUCACAAAGAGAGGGGGGGUGGUCACAGAUACGCAGGACCCCCAUAGGCUAUGCUCUUGUUGGUGCGGAAAGGAAAGCAUGUUCUAAACCCUUGAAAGACUGUGAAAGAUCUAAUUAGGGAGCACAAGCACAGGCUGCCCAUGUGCGAAAUUUGAGUAUAUCGGCCUUCUUGCAUAACCUUUGAAAUAAUUGUGUGAGGAUUUUUAUGGGGAAAACAAGAUUAUUUCUUUAACCUGUCCAAUGAACAUGAAAGGAUUUGAAUAAAAAUUGGCUAACUUACUCAAGAGCUAACUGGUUACAAUAAAACCCAUACAUUGGCUUUAGUCGGCUCUGGAAUCACAAAGAAAGAAGAAUUAUCACACAACUUAAUUGAGGCUAGCCUGUAUAAAUCCUCAUAUUUCGAAGGCCACACAACAAUGCCAAUGCUCUCAUUUCUAGCUUGGGCCCCCUGAACAUAACGAAUUUACACAGAAAUGUUUCUCAGCAACAGAAUCAGAUCUCGUUCAAACCCAAAAUGAUUUUACUCUUCCUAUUCCACAGUCUACUGACAAUAGUCAAAAUCAAAUCAAGUAGAAUUUUUUUUGUUUUAAGUUUUGCUUUAUUGUUGAUCAGUUUUUGUUUAUUCUCUAGGUACUAUCCAAGUUUCCUGUGAUACAGCACUUUGUUUUUGGAACACUGAUGUCCAUUGAAGAGGCAGACAAAUUUAAGAAACCUCUGUAACACUCUGUGACCUUAUGUUACGACUUCCCGAUUACUAAGGUUGGCAAAGAUAAGGCAGUAACAUCUCUGCAAUAGUCAUGACAAGUCACUGUGACCAGCAAGUCACCAUGGCAAGACUGCAUGUACAGCCUUGUUCAUGUAAUUGGCAUAUUUUGUCCAGGCAUUGAAUGAUUGUAAGCAAGCCUUGUUCACUCUGCUUACUCGGCAUGUGAAUUCAGGCCAAUCUACAGCAAAUCCUCUCAUGGAGGAAACUUCUUUAAGAUAAUCACCUGGGUAAAUGGACACCUAGAGUUGCUCCGUGCCUUUUUAAAUUCUUUUUAGUUAACACUCUCUAAAGGUGAUGUUACACGAGACAAUUCACAAAGACAAUUUUCAGCACAACACAGCGUUGCAGUGUUGGAACAAUGUUGCAAACAUUCGAAACAAUGUUACAACAAUGCUGUAAUGCUGUCGUUGCGCUAAAAACCAUUGUUGCGAAUCGUCUCGUGUAACAUCACCUUAAGAUAAAUAGACGCAUUGUGAAAAUGGACACGUAGAGUUGGUCCCUACCUUUCUUGACUCCUCUUAGUUUACUCUCUGUAAGAGGGAUGGACACCUUCGUUGCUAAAAUGGACAGCUAGGGUUUAGUCACUGUCUUUCUUUUACCCCUUUUGGCUCUCUAUAAGAUGGAUACCUCACUAAAAUGGGCGUCUAGAGUUGGUCCCUUUGUUUCUUUCCCCCUUUUAGUUUGACUCUCUUUAAGAUGGAGAAACAUUUUCCAAUUUGCCAAAACAUGAAAAAAAUCAUUUUUCUUCAAAACUGGGAAUUCACAGGAACACGGCAAAAACCUUGAGGGUCCUGCUACACCCUUGGGAUCAGAGGCACUAUGUCUCCAUCUUAAAGAGGUGGCACCUGAGAGUUACUGGGGGUUAAUUUGUUCUGGGCUAAAACCCUUGUGUACCAAUAAUACUUCCUUCCUCUGUGGUAAAUAAAGAAUGUGACAUUCUAAGAGCAAAUAGGUUUACCAAGUUCUUUCCUUUGAACUUUGACAGUGAAAACCCACAAGUAGAACUGCAUUUUCAAAAGUUAGCUUCGGCAGGUUAUUUCAUAAAUGGUAAUUCAGCACAAUUAUUUAGGUGAAAUUGAAGAAUUGCUCCCCAAAUAAUCUGUCGGCAGGUUGUUGUCUAACUGUCAACCAACGGUCAGCCGACAAUUAGUGGCCAACAGUCAGCUGACAAAUGGCAACUGUUGGUCGACAAAGGACCAACAGUCAGCCGACAGUUUUCCCCAUUUUUUUGCUGGUGAACAACAGAUGGCCAACAAAUUUUGGGGGAAGCUGUUCUCAAUUUUACCAUUAUUUAGGUUAUUUAUAGGUUCUUAAAUAGGUUCUCAUUUUCUGAAGAAAAAAUACAUGUAUCCGUAUAUCAAAAAUCAAGAUUUUACGCAGAUUUUAAGCGAAAUACCAAUAAAUACUCGAGUAUU